AUGGCACCAGCAGAGUUGAAGGAUCUAAAACAACAACUACAGGAUUUGUUAGAUAAUGGUUUUAUCAGACCGAGUAUAUCUCCAUGGGGUGCACCAGUACUGUUCGUAAAGAAGAAAGACGGAUCCCUGAGAAUCCAAGGAGAACACGAGAAUCAUCUCAGGACUGUGUUGCGGACAUUGCUAGAACAUCGGCUUUAUGCUAAGUUCUCAAAGUGUGAAUUUUGGCUAGACUCAGUAUCAUAUCUGGGGCAUGUUAUAUCCAAAGAUGGAAUCAUGGUAGAUCCUAAGAAGAUAGAAGGAUUUCUACAGAAUAGCAGCGCCGCUGACCAAGCUAACACAGAAAAUGCAAAGUUUCAGUUGACGGAGGAAUUAUCCAUCAUCUCUGAUAAAGGAUCACAUUUCACUUUACGCUUUUGGAAAUCUUUUCAAGAAGCAUUGGGUACUCAAGUAGAUCUUAGUACUCCAUCUCAUCCACAGACAGACGGGCAGCCUGAAUCUUCCAGUCCAGUAUUCAAAUGGCAUCGUACGAAGAAUUGUAUGUUAGAAGAUGUCGUUCUCCUAUCAGAUGGUUUGAAGCUGGUGCUUGAAGCACCUGCUAUACCGCUUGAUAAGAAGUUGUCUUACGAGGAGGAGCUGAUGGCUAUUGUUGAUAGGCAAGUAAAGAAGCUACGGUUAAAAGAAUUUUUGUUCAUUAAACUAUUAUGGAGAAAUAAUAGAGUUGAAGAAUCUGCAUGGGAAGUAGAAAAAGAUAUACAAGCGAAGUAUCCCCAUUUAUUUCAGUCCACAGGAAAAUGGGCAACAGAAGCUAAAAACAAGGAAAGAAUGAAAAAGAAGAAGAAGAACAAGAUCAUUUCAGUUCUUUUCUUCUGGUAA